AUGGGCAAACGUAAGCAAGAUCUCGGUGAUGUGCCCAUGGGCGGCACCGGCAAUGCCGACGACGAGUCCGACGAUGACGUUGACAUGAUCAAUGUCGACUUCGAAUGGUUCGAUCCUCAGCCUGCCGUCGAUUUCCACGGUCUGAAGAACCUGAUUCGUCAAUUGUUCGACAACGAUGCGCAGCUGUUCGAUUUGUCUGCCCUGUCCGAUCUGAUCCUCUCACAGCCGACCCUCGGAUCUACUGUAAAGACCGAUGGCAAUGAGUCCGACCCAUACGCUUUCUUGUCUGUUCUGAAUCUGCAGGAGCACCAGGACAAGCCCGCUGUUCAAGAUUUGAUCAAGUACAUUAAGAGCAAAGCUUCCACCACACCCUCCCUUUCCGCCCUCAACGAGCUCGUCUCCCAGACCCCGAUUCCUCCAAUUGGCCUCAUCCUGACCGAGCGAGUUAUCAACAUGCCCGCGCAGGUUAUCCCACCUAUGUACAACAUGCUUAUGGAGGAGAUCGCCUGGGCGAUUCAGGACAAGGAGCCCUACAACUUUUCUCACUACCUUAUUAUUUCCAAGGGCUACGAGGAGAAGGAGUCGAAGUUGGAUAUGGAGGAUUCUCGUCCUCAGAAGAAGACCAAGAAGGGCGGCGAAGCAGCUCAGCGAUUCCUCUUCCACCCCGAGGACGAAGUGUUGCAACGCCAUGCGCUGUGCUCUGGUUCAUACGAGUUCACUCACAAGCAGGAUGACGGUCACUCAGACUCUAAGCGUGCAUUCCAAGACCUCGGCAUUGUUACCAACGGUAGCAUGAUCCUGCUUGACGCAGCGAACUUCGAAUCUACAGUCAAGGCUGUAGCUGAGUACCUCCAGUAA